CUCUCUUUCGGGUCAAUUCUAUUAACCCCAUUUCUCUCUGUUUUCCCCUUUCUGCCCUGUUUCGGACUGACACCAACUUUCGAUAUGGUGUCUUAGGUGAUUAAUUUGGAAUUUUGUUUCUAUUUAGGCUUGUGAAAUUUCAUUGGGAAAUUUAGGGUUUGGACUAGAGAAAUUUGGGAUUUUUUUAAGAAAUUAUGGAUAGUAAUAAAGAUGAAGCUUUAAGAUGUGUUCACAUUGCUGAAGAAGCAAUUGCUUCUGGUAACACGGAGCGUGCAUUGAAAUUCAUUAAAAUCGCUCAACGCCUUAAUCAUAGAUUAUCUGUUGACCAACUUUUGGCUGCUUGUAAAAAUCUCAAUUCCAGGUCGUCCCCGGUUUCUCCUGUUGAUGAAAAGUGUGUUUCAAGUAAUGAGAAUAAAGGCGGUUCGUCUAAGUUGGAUGAGGGUUUGGAUGGGGAGAGGAGUUAUACUGAGGAACAUGUUCAGUUGAUUAGGCAGAUUAAGAGAAACAAGGAUUAUUAUUCGAUUCUUGGUGUAGAAAAGACUUGUUCGGUUGAUGAGAUUAGGAGAGCAUAUAAGAAGUUGUUGUUGAAAGUUCAUCCGGACAAGAAUAAGGCUCCAGGUUCUGAUAAGGCGUUUAAGACAGUAUGCAAGGCUUUUAAGUGUUUAAGUGAUGAUGAUUUGAGGAGGCAGUAUGAUCAAGUUGGUUUGGUUGAUGAAUUUGAGUACAAUCAGUGGCAUGAUGUGAGACAAAGGAGGAGAAGAUAUGGCCAUGAUUUGUUUGAUGAUGAUUUUGAUCCUGAUGAGAUAUUUAGGUCGUUUUUUGGUCAGGGAGAUAUGUUUAGGGCAUCUCAUGUUUACGGGACUAGAGGGAUGGGUGGCCAUCAGAAUGCAGGAGGACCUAAUUUCUUGAUUCUUCUUCAAAUAUUGCCAUUUUUGUUGAUUUUCUUGCUUGCUUUUCUGCCCAUUUCGGAGCCUGAGUACUCUUUGUUUAGGAAUUACUCCUAUCAGGUUCCUAAGGAAACCGAGAAAUUUGGAGUGGAAUUUUAUGUUAAAUCAUCAGCCUCUGAUGUGAACUUUCUCCAUGGAAGUCCUGCUCGAGCUAACAUCGAGGACAAUGUGGUUAAGGAUUACAAAUAUAUGCUGUGGUGCUAUUGCCACAUGGAAUGCCAGAAGCGCCAUUGGAAUAAGAAUUUGCCAACUCCUCACUGUAAUAAACUACAAAGUCUUGGACUUGCAUGAAUGUAAUAUUAACUAUAAAAUUGUGGCUCUUGUAUCUUCUUUAUUAUGUAGUUUUAGUGUCUAAUUGUACAUAAGUGUGUUUUAAACCAUGUAUCUCUGUUUAUUUAUUUGCUCGCUAUAUAAUAUGAUGUUACCAA